UUUUUCAUGGUGAUGUGUAUUGUAUACGUAUUCUUUGGGGUUCUAUGGCUUGCGUGGUCAGCCUGUUACUGGCGGGAUCUCCUGAGAAUCCAGUUCUGGAUUGGUGCCGUUAUCUUCCUGGGAAUGCUGGAGAAAGCAGUUUUCUACGCAGAGUUCCAGAAUAUCCGCUACACAGGGGAAUCUGUUCAAGGAGCAGUAAUACUAGCAGAACUGCUUUCAGCUGUGAAGCGCUCAUUGGCUCGAACUCUGGUCAUCAUAGUCAGCCUGGGAUAUGGGAUAGUCAAGCCUCGCCUUGGAGUUACUCUUCACAAAGUAGUUAUGGCUGGAGCCCUUUAUCUACUAUUUUCUGGCAUGGAAGGUGUUCUUAGAGUCACAGGGGCCCAGAAUGAUCUUGCCUCCUUGGCUUUUAUUCCCCUGGCUUUCCUAGAUACUGCCCUGUGCUGGUGGAUAUUCAUCAGCUUAACUCAAACAAUGAAACUGCUAAAACUUCGAAGGAAUGUUGUGAAACUCUCUUUAUAUCGGCACUUCACCAACACACUCAUUUUGGCAGUAGCAGCAUCUAUUGUCUUUAUCAUCUGGACCACCAUGAAGUUCAGGCUGGUGGACUGUCAGUCGGAUUGGCAGGAGCUAUGGGUGGAUGAUGCCAUCUGGCGUUUAUUGUUUUCCAUGAUCCUUUUUGUCAUCAUGAUUCUGUGGAGACCAUCUGCUAACAACCAAAGGUUUGCUUUCUCACCACUGUCUGAAGAGGAGGAUGAUGAUGAGCAGAAAGAGCCAAUGUUAAAGGAAAGCUUUGAGGGAAUGAAAAUGAGAAGUACAAAGCAAGAACCAAAUGGGAAUGUAAAAGCAAACAAAGCUCAGGAGGAUGACUUGAAGUGGGUAGAGGAGAAUGUUCCUUCAUCAGUGACAGAUGUUGCUCUUCCAGCUCUUCUGGAUUCAGAUGAGGAAAGAAUGAUUACACACUUUGAAAGGUCCAAAAUGGAAUGAAGGAGUAGCUUUUUGCUAUUGGAAGUGGAGAUGCCUCUUUUAAAGUUGCUUGGUGGAGCAAGUGCAUCCUGCUGAUUUGUUUCUUGGUCUCAGCCUUGGAAGUUUGAUGCUUUAUUGUCCUGAGGGCGUCUCACUGUGGAAGAAGUUCACAAGGACAUUAUAAACCUUUUGGAAAUUUGAAUUUACAAAGUUGCUGCAAGUUUGGAUUUUUAAGCAAUUUAAAUGUGUACUAUUCCAGCACCUUCUGUAACUUUUCAAAUAUUUAAUCUGUGAAACUAAACUUCCUAAUGUCUGCUUGAGGA